AACCAGCUGAUUUGUCAUUUCAGAGUUCCACGGGUUUCAGAGCAGGAACUUCUUUGAUUUAAGGGAAGAGUUUUUUGUGUCAAAUUCUAAUCAUGUCUUCGAUCAUCAGGAAGAUAAUCAACACCACUAAAGCGCCAGCAGCUAUCGGGCCGUACAGCCAGGCGGUGGUGGUGGACAGGACCAUGUACGUGUCAGGCCAGCUGGGGAUGGACCCUGCCUCUGGUCAGCUGGUGGAGGGAGGGGUCCAGGCUCAGACCAAACAGGCUCUGGUAAACAUGGGGGAGAUCCUGAAGGAAGCAGGGUGUGGAUAUGACAGUGUCGUGAAAACCACGGUUCUUUUGGCUGACAUGAAUGACUUCGUCAGUGUGAAUGAUGUCUAUAAAACAUUUUUCAGCAGUAGCUUCCCAGCGAGGGCUGCCUACCAGGUCGCUGCUCUGCCCAGGGGUGGGCUUGUAGAGAUUGAAGCUGUUGCUGUUCUGGGUCCUCUGACUGAGGUCUCUUGAUGUAGCCUAAACGUCAGCGACAGAACAGAAAAUCAACAACUCCCCUGUCCCAUAAAAUGACGUGCGAUCACAAUACCAGCGUAUAGUGAAUCAUUUCCAUUGGUUAAGAUGGUCCAAUAAAACUACUUAUUUUCCACCAUAAUUUGCAAAUAAAAUCAUAAAAAAUCCUA